CCUACCGGUUCGCUGACCUGUUCACCGGCUGUGAUUUUAACUAUCGAUCUUUAAAUGUAAUCAACAGUAACACGCCACGGAGCGAUUAGUAGUCUACUUGGCUAUAAUAAUCCGUCCUUCUUCGAGACACAUAUUGAUUAUGUUUCUUCCCCCCGCGGAGCGCAACAUGCGGACUUUCCUGAGCAUGCUUAUGGUGUUAAUUGUCUCAGGUGAUGACGAGACUAUCACAGGAGUCUUAAAAGGCAGUGUCCUUCUGCCAUGCAACUGCUCAGGGAUAAAUUUCAACAAAGACUUUAAGUGGCAGAAGGAACAACCGAACAAGAUGCCGGUGUUCAACAACGUUUCAAAGUUCAAUGGCACAUACGAGCACAGGGGCAAAACAUUUCUGAAUGAGACCAACAAUAACUGCUCCAUUCUCCUAACCAACAUCACAGCGGAUGACCAGGGGGAAUACAGUUGCCGUUUUUACUACAAAGAACAAUACAGAAAAAGAAAUGUUUAUCUAAACAUCGCUGCGAGCUACAGUCUUUGUAAUAACUCCAACAACUUGAAUGGCGAUUUCCAGUGUGAUGUAAUAGGACGCUAUGGAGACCCUGAGAUUCAGUGGAAUUUGGAUGGAGAGAUUCUAACAAAUUCAUCCACAACCAACAUAAUCAACUCAAACUUCAUGAAUGUCUCUACUGGCCGCUACGAGUUCCACAGCAAACUCACCACUAAACUCAAGACAGCGUCAGAACCUAGGCCUACAUGUCAUGUCAAGGCCAAAGGCAUUUCAACUAUCAUUAGCCCUGACUGCGGGACAGCAGGUAACUACGAAAAGUCUCAAAGUCAUGAAAAAAACGGAAAACCAAACUAUAAGAUGCGAUACUUUAAAGUAAUUUCCAUUAUGUUGGUGCUUGGAUUGUGCCUGUACUUGUGGCGCCGUCGGAAAUCCUCAACGAGUUCACGGAGGACAAGAGAAGCAGGGGCUGACAACUCCUACUGCUAAACACACAAGACAAACUCCAGUGUGGCAAUGUGAGAUCACUUUCCAUCAAAUGGUGGUUAGUCAUGGAUGUGGCAUCAUGCCCACAGAGACCGUUUACGGGCAGGUUGCAUCCUGUGUUCACGCCACUCAUGGAAUGUUGAGUGUCUGAAAAGGACGUCCGUCCAUUUUGUGAGCUUUAAUGGAUCAUCUUCUUUGCUUGCAAUUCAGUUAAAAAGAUUGCCCUUUAUGAUAUGAACAUGAUGAAGUGACAGGUAACUCUAUUCCUAUUAAAAUUCAGUCAGAAUAACUGCAUUCUUUGAUUAAUUGUCUGUUUUCUGAACGCACAAUGAAGUUAAACUGAUUCAGACUCCCAUAUACUUAAUGUAGGUUAUGUUGUUACCACAGUGCAUUAUUCUUUUCAAUCUACAAGUUCUAAACAUCCUUCAUUACAGAAAUACAGCAUAAAACUGAGCCCUUUAUUCAUGAAAUGUACAUUGAUGGUUAGCACUGUGAGUGCCAUAAUUUAGAUGUGAGAAAAGAAUGGACAACGGAUAAAAGUUAGAAUUCUGGGGUGAACUAUUUUAAAAGCUGUUGUCAUGUAGCCUUUAUUACCGUAAAUGUUAUUUUCAUCUAGCCCAGUACCACCUCAAUGCAUUGUCCAUUUGCAUUUAGAUGUUUAAGGAAUGUGUAUAAAAUGUAUGUGACUAGGGUGACUAGCUACUGUGAUCUCCUUUUAGGGUACGUUUUUCUGCAACUGUAUUUGUGGUGUAUUGCUUAUGCUGGAUUUUCUUGAUAUGCCUGAUUUGUUUCAAUUUUGUAAAUAAAUGUAUAUAUGUACGUAUAUAGUUCAUCAAGGUUUAGAGGGAGCCCCCGUGGCACUUUUGUGACAUUCAAGAGGCAUAACACCAAAAAGGAUCUCUACCUGGAAAACCUAAAAGCCAGAGACUCUUUUUAAAGACAUUUUUUUUAUUUUUUUCUGGUCUAAAAAGAUGUUGCUGAACUGUGGGAACUGUGAAACAUAUUGCUGGUCCCAUGUUCUGGGUUUGAUCACCAGCCUUGCUUCUGUAACUGCAAACAGGAGAGCACACUAAAUCUUAAGCAAGCUGGAAGUGAGGAAAUGUGUGGACUUUUUCAGUGUCAACAAAGGGUGAAAAUGAAAGCAACCUUGAAAAUGCUUUGCUGACGAAAGAAAAACUGAAGAACCCUUUAACCCACAUAACCCCUUAAGUCUUUUUGUACCAUUUCCUUUUGGGGGUUCUUGUUGAGAAUUCAUUGUCAUUUUGUAUCCUGUCAUUAUUGUCACUUGUGCUUACUUUCUUUUUAAAUUGAUUUGAUGUGUGCUUAACUGCAAAACCAUAUAGCUAUUAAAACUUAGCUGGCACCAUAGACAAUAAAACAGGCUGGCACGCUAUAAUGUUGGCAACAGGGUA